GCCCACUCUCUUAUCUAUCAUUUUCCCAUCCUCACCUUUCCUUUUUCCUGCUUCUUGUCCGUUUCCUUCCUUUUUCGUGCUACACUUUUCGCCCUCCGUUUCUUCUUCCUUCAUCCUUUUCUUCCUCCGCCAACCCCUCUCCUCCUCCCUUUUUUUCCCCUCCUCUCACCCCCCGAAAUCUAGGCCAUCGACGGCUCUCCCGAGAAAAAAAAAAGCAAGAGAUCAUCACAACCCACACAGCUGGGCUGUCAUGCUGCCGCCCUGUGUGACAGCUGGACUACGUUAAUGCCGUGCUUGGUCUCUCGCCUACAUUCCCACUCGUCGACCCACUAAACUUCCAGCCCGGAUUUCCUUCUUUGCACAACGCAUUCCUCCAUUCGACUAUCCUCCACCUUGACCCUUUAUCGGCCGCGAUCAUUUCCUCCACUCACCACCAACCCCCAUUAUCCCCUCUAUCCCCCCUCCCCCCAUCCCUCCCUACGCUAUCCCUCCGCCACCCCUUGCGCGAAUCUUUCUCUCCUAGGGUUCUAGGGUCCUUAGGGUCCACCUCCCCCCAACACCCGCUCGUCCAUUCUCGGGGAUCGCCUCUCCACAAGGCACAUGAGGACGAUCGGCAAGCUGGGAGAUUCCUGGAGCAUGCACGGAGCAGAGUAACGUCGCGACGCCUCUUCCAUUGCCCUCUACCUGCCGGGCCCUGUCCUGCCACAGCUACUGCUGCACCGACAAACGAAGGGGAGAUUUUCAUCGUUUCCAAUUCUUUGUCGCCUUGCAUCUUCACUGGCCCUGCUCGACUCGCUACCCGCAUUUCUGAUCCUCUCAUUGCUCCCUUCGACCAAUUCUCCCUCGCUCUCUUCUUCUCCAUCAUCUCCGUCCCUUCACCUUCUCCUUCCACCCUUCUCUCUCACCCCAGUCUCGUCUGUACAUGCCCUGGGCUCGUGACUCCUGAGAAGAAGACCCGAAGAGAAGUGUGAAACCCGGAGGAAACAAAAAUAAGAGCUCUCCGUCUCUUGCUUCCUCUCGCUCUCCGCCGAUCCCCUUCUGUUCCCUCCUUUGUCUUAUAUUCCUUCGUGUACGCCGUUCCUGGAGCCUGGUGCCCGCUGCAAAUACCGGUCGACAAAAGACACUCUCAGCCCCGUGACCUAGGCUCGAGACAAAUCGAACUCGUGCAAAUACCGUCGACCGUCCCGUUCCAGUACAUAUCUCAAUAUCCCUUCGUCGGACCGCUUUUCUGGGAAUGGCUUCCACGAUUGCUGCCAAUGCAACCGGCGUACACAACGUACGAUCGAACCGCUCCAACAUGGGUUCAUCAGGGAUGAACAACGACCGCGCCCGCGGAUCGCACAGCAACAACGUGGGGAAGAGCUUCGGUGCUGGGAAGCCCAACUGGAAUAAUAUCUGGGGCGACGCUAACCUGGGAAAUGGCUUUGGAGAUGAUCAACACAUCGGAGAUGCUGCCUUUGAAGGAAAGUCAGGCUCGGGCUCACUCCUGUCCACGUCGGAGUCAGAUGGUUGGGCUGGACGUCCAAACCUUCCUUGGAGCACUGUGAACUCGUCACUUUCGAUGAGCCAGAAUCGUGGUGGUAUGGCAACCUCGCCGAUUCAAACCCGUGCCAAUGACCGAAGCGCGCCUGCUCUGAACGAUACUGGCGAAUCUUCCUAUUUUUCGCUUCCCCGCACCACUAGCAUCGGUACCUCCGCCAAUACUGCGAGUCACCGACCUUACCUUAACUCUGGAUCUGAGGGUGUGUCGCCCUCGGGAGAUGGCAUGUCCUUCAAUGCCUUCCCUGGCCUUCGGAAUGGGGAUGGACGUCGGCAGAUGAGCUCUUCUGGCCUUAGCGGCAGCCCCGUGGGAGUAACGUUCCCAGUCAACGCCGGCUUCUCUGGCUCGCUAGACGGGUCCCGCCAGGACGAGAUGUCUGCCUCGAUGGGCAUGGGCACUAUUGCUUCUGGUUUGCCCGAUGGCGUGUCCCCGCCUCAGUCGCGCAGCGGACUCUCUCACAUCCCUCACAACUCGACUUCUUACGUCCCUCAACGGCCAGCUCAUUCGGCUCAUCCCUCUUUCUACUCCGACAACCACAGCGUCGAGGGUCGCUAUGGCAGCGGGUCGAUUGACCUGUCCGGUGGUUUCAGCAAGCUCCAAUUGAAUGAGAGUGGAUACGUUAACCAGACCGGUGGCCAACGUCCCCCCUUCACGACCCAUGCAUCAUAUGAUGGGUCUCUGCCCCGUGGCAAGUUCCAGAACAGCGGUGAUCCUAGCUACCAGACUCUCGCCGGUUAUGGUGCUGAAGCCCCCCACGAUGUGCACCUGGCCUAUCAGGCACGUUCUCGUGGAGGUGAUAACGGAUCAAUCUCUCCUUCAGACUACGCUCGCAUGGAUAGCCCCUUAUAUGCUGGGGCGGACAGUGCUGCCCAGUAUCGCAACGCGUCUGGUAGCCGUGUGGGCGACCAAGUGGCCUUCGAGCGCAGACUGCGGACCUUCCAAGACCAGGAGUUCAUUCAGGGUCAGGCUGAUUCACUUCAACGCAUGCCAAUGGCCUCGCAAUUCGAUUACCAGGCCUAUCAGGCGACACGGUUGAAUGCCUUGCAGGGUUUCUACCCCAUUGCGCAGCUCGGUGGGCUCGGUCCUGCAGCUUUGGCUCGCGCACACCGUGAUGACCCCGCUCAGGUUGUUCGCAGCCCUCUACUUGAGGAAUUCCGCGCCAACAGCAAGGGCAACAAGCGCUAUGAGUUGAAAGACAUCUACAAUCAUGUUGUGGAGUUCAGUGGCGACCAGCACGGCUCGCGCUUCAUUCAGCAGAAGCUGGAGACCGCAAACAGCGACGAGAAGGAGCAGGUCUUCCGCGAGAUCCAGCCGAACUCAUUGCAGCUGAUGACUGAUGUCUUUGGUAACUAUGUUGUGCAGAAGCUCUUUGAGCAUGGCAACCAGAGCCAAAAGAAGAUCCUCGCUAAUCAGAUGCGGGGACAUGUGCUUGCUCUCUCGACUCAGAUGUAUGGCUGCCGUGUCGUGCAAAAGGCACUGGAGCACAUCCUCACCGACCAGCAGGCCGCUAUGGUCAAAGAGUUGGAGAACCACGUCCUGAAGUGCGUGCGGGACCAGAAUGGCAACCACGUCAUCCAAAAGGCCAUUGAGCGUGUGCCAUCUCAGUAUGUGCAAUUCAUCAUCAAUGCCUUCCGGGGUCAGGUCAAUCGCCAUGCUGCGCACCCGUACGGAUGCCGUGUCAUCCAGCGUAUGUUAGAGCACUGUGAGGAGGUUGACCGUGAAUCCAUUCUCAGCGAGCUGCACGCAUGCACCUCGAGUCUCAUCCCUGACCAGUUUGGCAACUACGUGAUUCAGCAUGUCAUCGAAAACGGUGACGCCAAGGACCGUGACCGCAUGAUUCAGAUUGUCAUGUCGCAACUGCUGGCAUAUUCAAAGCACAAGUUUGCUAGCAAUGUGGUCGAGAAGAGUAUUGAGUUUGGCGACGAACAGCAGCGCCACAACAUCAUCUCUACUCUGACCUCGCCGAACGAGCGUGGUGAAAGCCCGCUGCUCGGUUUGAUGCGUGAUCAAUAUGGCAACUAUGUCAUUCAGAAGGUUCUCGGCCAGCUGAAGGGCGACGAGCGCGAAGCUCUGAUUGAGCAGAUCAAGCCCCUGCUGAGCCAGUUGAAGAAGUUCAGCUACGGCAAGCAGAUUGUGGCCAUUGAGAAGCUCAUUUUCGACCCCAACUCCCCGACUGCCGGCCCGCUGCCUCACGCCACCUCUACCACACCUCCCAACUCUCACAAAUCCUCUCCGCAACCCCUGAAGCGCACUAUCCCCGCCAUGGAGCAGCCGCGGGCUCCCUUUGUUGGCACUGCGCCACCAACCCCGCCCCCGACGGAGAAUCAGGGCACCGUCGACGACUCAUUUGAGUCUAAGGGGCUUUGCAAAAGCACCGUGACCUCGGUUUCGAGUCCCGAGACGGGAGGCACCGGCGUUCCCGUCCCGGUCGAUGGUCACUAAUGUGCUUGCACGUAAUUCGUUGCGCACUCGAUCCUUCUCACCGACAUUGCUCGCGCCAACAUAAUCUGUUCUAAUGCCGAUCUCCGCCAAAAAUCGAGUCUUUCUGCUUCUUUAUCUAAUAUGGGCGUAUACAUACUGGGAUGGAGAUAUCCGACCGGAUAUAUCAAACCUAACGGCACUGUGUUUUCACCUUUUGACUAUCUCUAUUACCCAUGGCUCGACGGCGCAAAACUCAAAGGGAUCUCAAUUCAUUGUUAUCUUUUUAUCUCUCCCAUGUGCUCUGUGGCUGUUCCGUUUCUUCACUUGUUGAUCUCGGAACCGGCUUUUAUUCUUCCUGUGAUGUGGUUCAACCUGUUCAUUAUUUUUUUUUUAUUUCUUAUGACGGUGGUGUUUUCUGUCUCCAAAUCUGCAACCUCUCUUCCUUACCAUUGUCACUGUCAAUGCUUCUCACGUCACGGCGCGAAUCUCGGAGCUCGAUCUACCUGGGACCGGCGUCUAUGUGUGUUUUCUAUCUCGGAGGAAUGCAAAGGUCACUCGAAUCUUUCACGGACGCGAGAAACGGAUUUGAACAUAUCAUCUCAGAUCCUCUCAUAUUCUCUCGCCCUCUUCGCUAUUCUUCUCUUUUUCUCUCUUCACGAUCUUCGGCAUAUGACAUGGGAAAGGAGCUUGCUAUCAAAGGGAAAAUGGAAACGGACAAGGAAAUACUGGAGUGAAUCACUGCUUAUCUAUGUUACUUUCUUCUGUGUGCUUUUUUUUCUUCUAUUUAUGUCUUUUCUGUCUUCUUGCAUGGCACGGUAUCUAUUUAUGUCACUCCCCUUGAGUCUUUGUUGUUUCCCUCGAUCUUAUCCAAAGAUGUCACGCAUAUCGGAUGUGGGUGUUAUUUCUUAUCUUGCUUUGGUAUACAGUCUUCACUUACAAUGAGAAAGUGUUGCUUAUGCCUGAACCUGGGUCAUUUUGUUCUGCUCUGUUGAUACUUUGCUCUUCAGUGGCUGAUGUAUUACCAAUAUCAACGUACUUUGGCAGCCA